UCGCAGACAGAAAUCGAAAUUUUCUUUCAUCUUAUCAAUGUUUCGUUUGUAAACAAAUCAAAAUCAUUUGUUCAAUUUCAAUAAAACAUUUCCAAUUACAACGUCUUCAAUUUGAAUGAGUUCAAAAUUUCAAUUGUAACAAUAUUCAAAAGAAAAUACGUCGCCGUCACUGUACACACACAGGAUUACAAUACAAUGAUGCGCACAUAAAGACUGAAUUAGUAUUGAAAAUUCAAUAUUUUGAUGAGGGCAUAUGCACUUUAUAAUACACAUAUAAAUAUACAAAUUUGUGAAAACUAAUAAACAAAUCAUUUCAAAACGAUUUGAAAAUAUCUAUUCAAUUUUUAAUGGAAAACAAAAUUGUUCCAUUAAUAUUCUUGGUGCCAGUGAUCGAAUAUUAAAUAAAAAAUAUGUAUUUUUUCAGUGGGUGCAUUAUAUCUUGUUGAAUUUCUAGGCUUCAUGUCCUGCGAACAUGUAUUGUUCGAAUUCAUUCGAAAAUCAAGCAAAAUGCCAUUGUAAAAUUGCUUCCAAGUAAAAAUUCAAUGCGAAACAAAGUGAAAAUCGUGGUGCAUUUCAAUCAUUGUUUACAUACUGAUUUAACUAAAUUCAACUAAAUGAAAGUUUAAACGGAGAACAUUAUCUGUGUGCAUUGUUAUCAAAAUAAACGAAAUCAAAGGGAGUAUAAGGCGAGAAAUAAGAUUCAAUCAUGAAGGAACGUGUAGAAGGAUUUACGAAGGUCUGGCAGAUCUUUUUGGCUUCAGUUGUAAUGCUGGCUGCUACUCGAACAUUUGCAGAAGCGGUUAUGGAACAGCUGUCACCCGAAAAUGUUCGCGAAUUUACGUGCGGGAAACUUUAUUAUCGAACAUUCCAUUUGGAUGAGGAGCGAGACGCUUUAUAUGUUGGAGCCAUGAAUCGUCUAUAUCGGCUCAAUUUGAGAAACAUCAGCCUCUCGGGUUGUGAGAAGAAUCAUUUGCUACUAGAACCCACCGAGUCUGAUGUUAGAGACUGUAUUUCGAAAGGGAAAACUCAGCGUUUCGAAUGCCGAAAUCAUAUACGUGUUAUUCAAUCUAUGGAAAAUGGAAAUCGACUCUAUAUAUGUGGAACGAAUGCACAUAGCCCAAAGGACUAUGUUAUAUACUCAAACUUAACACAUCUACCGAGAUCAGAAUAUGUACCGGGAAUUGGUUUGGGAAUUGCAAAAUGUCCGUAUGAUCCUCAAGAUAACUCGACAGCUGUUUGGGUUGAGAAUGGAAAUCCGGGCGAUUUGCCAGCAUUGUAUUCGGGCACAAAUGCAGAGUUCACUAAAGCGGAUACUGUAAUAUUUCGCACCGAUUUAUAUAACAUGACCACCGGCCGAAAGGAGUUCAAUUUUAAACGGACACUAAAAUAUGAUUCAAAAUGGUUGGACAAACCGAAUUUUGUGGGAUCAUUCGAUAUUGGAGAUUAUGUAUAUUUCUUUUUCCGUGAAACUGCCGUCGAAUACAUAAACUGUGGCAAAGCGGUUUAUUCACGGAUUGCACGUGUUUGUAAGAAGGAUACAGGCGGAAAAAAUAUUCUAAGUCAAAACUGGGCGACAUAUUUGAAGGCACGCUUAAAUUGUAGUAUAUCUGGCGAGUUUCCAUUUUAUUUCAAUGAAAUACAAGCGGUGUACCAAUUGCCCAAUGAUAAAGCGAAAUUUUAUGCCACUUUUGCCACCAGUACAAAUGGUUUGGUGGGCUCAGCCGUUUGCAGUUUCGAUAUAAAUGAAGUUCAUUCGGCAUUUGCUGGAAAAUUCAAAGAACAGGCAACUUCGAAUUCAGCCUGGUUACCGGUAUUGAAAUCAAAGGUUCCAGAACCUCGACCGGGUACAUGCGUUGAUGACACCUCAAAUUUACCAGACACUGUUUUGAAUUUCAUAAGAUCACAUCCAUUAAUGGAUAGAGCCGUCAAUCAUGAACAUUCAAAUCCUGUAUUUUACAAACGAGAUUUGGUAUUCACCAAAUUGGUUGUUGACAAAAUUAAAAUUGAACUGCUCAAUCAAGAGUACACUGUUUACUAUGUCGGAACAAAUUUGGGUCGUGUUUAUAAAAUUGUUCAAUUUUAUCGGAAUAACGAGCCAAAUUCUAAGCUAUUGGACAUCUUUGAAGUCGCACCCGACGAAGCAAUUCAAGUUAUGGAAAUCAGUCAAUCACGAAAAUCAUUGUAUGUUGCAACUGACAAUAGAAUAAAACAAAUUGAUUUGGCCAUGUGUAAUCGUCGCUAUGACAGUUGCUAUCGCUGUGUCAAAGAUCCUUAUUGUGGAUGGGACAAAGACACAAAUGUUUGUCGUCCGUAUGAAUUGGGUUUGCUUCAAGAUGUUGCAAAUGAUACAUAUGACAUUUGUGAUACGAGUGUGCUCAAGAAAAAGGUGCUCAUUACAUAUGGUCAAAGUGUUCAUCUUGGAUGUUUCGUGAAAAUUCCAGAAGUAUUAAAAAAUCAACAAGUUACUUGGUAUCAUCAUUCAAAGGAGAAAGGAAGAUAUGAAAUCAAAUACAGCCCGACCAAGUACAUCGAAACAACUGAACGUGGAUUAGUUGUAAUUACUGUAAAUGAAGCAGACGGUGGACGAUAUGACUGUUAUUUGGGAGGUUCUUUGUUGUGUAGCUAUAGUAUUACUGUUGAUGCGCAUAGAUGCACACCACCACACAAGAGCACUGACUAUCAAAAAAUCUACUCUGACUGGUGUAAUGAAUUUGAAAAGUAUAAAUCAGCAAUGAAAUCAUGGGAAAAGAAACAAGUGCAAUGUUCCGCGCGUCAGAACUACAGCAACCAACAUCCAAACGAUAUCAUCUCAAGCAACGUUAACGUUUGACCAAUCGGCCUAAACAACUUGCACACACUCACUGAGAAACUGUUAAGCUUUAGCAGCCAACAAAAUCCACGGACAGAUUGAAAAUCGGAAAAUGAAAAGAAGGUCUACCAUCCAGGCAGUAAAUAAACGUUCAAAUAAAAGAGAAACACAACACAAAAAAAAAACAAAAAGUUUAAAAUUAGAUUAUUCAACUAACUGAAGUAUGAGACGUGAAAGAUGUACGAAUCAAUCAUUAUAGACCCAAAUGGGGGUAUUAUUGCAUUUUAUUCAAACAAGGUGUGUAGACCGAGUAUUUUAAUAUAUAUGGCUCCGACAUUUUUUUCUCUGUAUGUGAAAACUUCUAAUGGAAAAAAUAGCAGAAUCAAGAAAAAAUGAAAUUAAAAUUUAUAAAAAAAAAAUCAACACACAAUAUUAGCAUGUCGCAAAAAUGUUUUUGUCAAAACUUAAGCAAAAAAAAAGUUUUAAACUGUGAUAUUAGUUGAAAGCAAUUAAACAGUUAAGCUUACGAGGGAAAACUGACGACCAAUUAUAAUUUUGACGAAACAAAACAAAAUCGAAUGAAUUCAUAACCAAGAGAGCAAUCAAUUCAGCAUUUCUUACUAGUUGAAAGAUUAUAUUCAGGUGACAUAGACGAAUUUAAAUCGUUGAUAUAUUUUAAUUAUGUGCUCUUGCCGAAAUUGUGUUCAGCACCUGUAAUUUGGCCAGUGAUGCCGAUUUGGUUUUAUUUCCGUAAGAGAAUACGAUUGAAUUAUACCAAAUAUCUGAAUUCAAUGUUCGCCGGUAUAAAAUUAACUUUACCAGUUAGUGUAUAAAAUAGCAGUUGGUGGUAAUAAAAACAAAAUCUAAAACCAAAAGUUACGAAUUUACACAUCGCGAUGUGAAUCGACACUUUUGUUAAAGUAACCACAAAUACAUGGCAUUUAUAAAAGAAAAUAAUAGUAUAUCUUCCCUUUAGUAACAAAACAAUGUAACUUUAUUUACCACACUCAUUAAGAUCAAACGGUAAAAAUGUCAUCAUUACAAUGGAGUAAGAAAUCCGUUUUUAUACUUUGCACCACCAUAAUAAUCGAAUACAAUUUUUCAUCUUAAUAGACAUUAUUUCAACAAUCUAACGUUAUUCAUUUUAAGUUUUAUCGAAUAUAUUGAUCACAAAUUUACACGACAAAACAUAAUUUAUACAUUUAAUUAUAUUUGUUUAAUUUCAUCUUCUAUUUCAACGCAUACAUUAUUAAUGAUAAAUUCAUGUAAGAAACUUCAUUUCUUCUUCUUUUUUACUUAGAGAUUAUGACAAUUUGUAAUUUUUAAUUUUUAACAUUAAAAUUUUGCACAACUUUCUUUUUUCUACGAUGAAAGACAAAACGAUACACAAAUUCAAAUUUCUCUCUUUAGUUUAAUUGCAAUAAUACGUUCUCUGUUAUUUUUAGAACGAUAAUUAAGAAAAUACUAAAAACUGGCCGAAAAUUCUCAAAUAGUUCAGAAUUCACUUUUAGGAACGAUUUUGUUAAGAUUUCUGAAUAACUAUCAAUUUCGUACUUAAUAACCGAAAAUAUGAGAUGGCCUCAAAUAAUUUACAAAAAAACCGAAUACCGACAAACAGAAUUUUUGCACUCUGAUCGAUAAGUUAAUGAAAAAAACAAGGCAAUAAUUUUAUGCCAUCAAAUAUCACUUAAAAUUAAAGAAAGAAAACCUAAUUAAACUUUGAA